AUGCAAGCGUUUGUCGAGGCUAUUCGAGAGCAGAUCUUGUCGAUUCUGUCCUACGUCGAUCCAAACGACGAUAUGAGGGAAAUGGUCCACAACGCCAUUCUGGAUCACUGCGGGCUUUUGCAGAAGGUGAGAGCUUUAGAGGUUAUUCGAUUCACAUCGCAAACAGGCGCAUUGCUGCAGUUCAAAAACAUCUACCCUAAUUGAAC